AUGGCCAGCGAAUCCCCAGCCAUGCGGCGGCCAGGCCAAGUCUCUAGAGACGCUUCCCGCUCGCCGUAUCGGAACAGAAGUCAACAUCGAUCCAUCUCAUCCUUCGACCCUGACUCCGAAUCAGCUCCCCUGCUUCAAGGCGGUGACACCCAAAGAUCCCUAUAUGGCGGAAUUGAAGAUAGCAGCAGGCCUGCAUCACUUGCGUUGCGCAAUCCACCAGAGUUUGGGGAAUCGAGGAAUGAAGACAAACGACAACGUCAAUGGCCUAUACUCGUUGCGCUUUCCUUUCUCACAAUCUCUGUUUUGCUCAUAUUGAUUCUCGGAUUUGUGGCGCCAGUCACUGUGAAAGAGUACGCGCAACAAGCUGUUGUUUUUUCUCCCCAAAAGCUAUCCAUUGAUUCAGCCACGUCGUCAGGCAUAUCCUUGCGGGUUCAAGGAAAUGUUACUCUGGAUGGCCAUCGGGUGAGCCAGAAGACUGUGAGGGAUAUAGGUCGACUUGCCACUUGGAUAGCUAGAGAAGUUGAAAUUGACGAGUCGAAAGUCGACGUCUAUCUUCCAGAGUACGACGAUGUUCUCCUGGGUACUGCGUCUGUUCCUGCCGUCAAAUUAAAUAUCAGAGAAGGACAUGUCAAUUAUAUUGACAUACUGGCCGAGCUUCAAUCGGGAGAUGUGGCUGGUAUUCAUCAAGUGGCGGAUGAUUGGAUGAGCGGACGAUUAGGCGAACUUCGCGUGAAGAGCAUCGCGAAUGUGGCUAUCAAAUCAGGCAUUUUAAAUAUUGGCCAACAGGCCAUAUCGGCUGAUAUGAAAAUCGACGGCCAGGAUAUUCCUCCUCUGCCAUCGAUCAAUGCGCUUAAACUCAACGUACACGAGAACCCGCUGACUCCCGAGGACCCUAGCGUCGCCGUCGAAGUGUCAGUGGGCGUUUCGAAUGACUACGCCCUUUCCAUGACUAUUCCACCGUUAGGGUUCGAUAUUCUUGUUCCGAAUUGCUCACCGGUCGAGCCUUAUAUUCUGGUGGCCAACACUACCACGGACGUUGUCAAUAUCCAGCCUUCAAAGCCCGCGAUAGUUAACGCUGGUGGAAUUAUAAAGCAUCUUCCCUCAGAACUGACCAAGGCGUGUCCAGGAAAGAAGGACUCGCCUUUGGAUCAGAUAAUUUCCGGUUAUAUAAAAGAGCACCAGGCGACCAUAUACAUUCGCGGUGCAGAUGCUCCAUCACAGGAAACUCCAACGUGGAUGGUAGAUUUGUUGAAAAGUGUCACGGUCCCUGUGCCCGUGACGGGUCAUGACUUUGGUCAAAUGAUCAAGAAUUUCUCAAUGUCCGAUGUUCACUUCUCAAUGCCAGACCCAUUCGCUGAACCAGACUCUCCUGACGCUCAACCACAAGUGUCUGCACUUGUCGAGGUCAUGGUGGAUCUGCCCAAGGAAAUGAACUUCGAUGUGGACAUUCCCCGAGUCCGAGCAAAUGUUGAUGUUUUCUAUCACGGCACCAAAUUCGGCUUCCUCGAUUUAAGCAAAUGGCAGCAUUCCAAUGCCACUCGUAUCAAUGACACAAGCAGUGAUGACCCACUACUACUCGUGACUUUUGCGAUUAAAGACGGACCUCUACAAGUUACGGAUAGUGACGUCUUUUCCGAAGUUGCCCAGUCACUUCUAUUUGGAGGCCAAUCGGUCAAGCUAGAUUUGCAGGCACUUGUGGAUGGAAAAAUAGCAACUACGUUGGGCCAAUUUGUGAUACGUGAAAUCCCUGCCGAAGGAAGGAUCGAGGUCAACCCUCCAUUCGGUGGCUCUAUUGGAGGCUCCAUUGGUGAUUUAUUGAGACCGCGAGUCGAGUCACUUGAUAUUGUGCACACAACCCAGUCCAGUGUUCAUGUCGAAGUCACCGUGAAUUUCACUAACCCUACUCCGUACUCCGCUACUAUACCUUAUGCCGAUGUCCUGCUGCUCUCUAACGGGACUACGCUUGCGCAUCUCAGUGGACGUGCGAUGUCUGUUGUUCCAGGAAACAAUACUGGCGUUUCCGUAACGGCAGUGUGGAACCCAUUAGCCUUUGGGGAAGACGCUGGCGUGAUCGUAGGCCGUGAUUUCCUGUCGAAUUACAUCUCAGGUUUCAACACUACGUUGACCAUGCAAACCCACAACGAUACCUUCCCAAACAUUCCUAGCCUCGGACAGGCGCUUUCAAACAUCAGAUUUGAUGUUCCGAUUCCUAAAUUGGGAGCCCCAGACGGCGGUGGUAACGACACAGAUGGGGACAACAAUGGGAAUCCACGAUUCAUCAAAGAUGCAACGCUACAUUUGUGGUCUUCCACUGCUGUUUUCACCUUGUUAUCUCCCCUUCGCAAAUCGUCGACCCUCUACAUCAAUAAAAUCGACGCAAGUGCGUUUUACAACCAUACUGAACCCAUUGGGAGAAUCGAUUAUCAACUCCCCUUCGCCGUGCCUCCGGGCAUUUCACAGACACCCAAAUUACCAGUCACGUUAAAUUUAGAUGGCGUUGGUUAUGAAGCUGUCAAAAGGGCAUUUGGGGGUACUUUGCGCAUGGAUGCAAAGGCUCAUGUUGGCGUUUCACUUGGCGAAUAUUCUACGACUUUGUUUUAUCAGGGAAAGGGUAUUGGCGCAAACAUUCGAAUAUAA